CAACAGCUGGUCAUAGCGCUCGCUUAGACUAGCUUCGCACCCAUCACUCGAAAUCGUCUGUCCACCAGCGAACUUCUGCCCUCAUCGACCCUCAACCACAACUCUUAGCAUCCCCGAGUCUUUCGCAAACCGUCAAGAUGCUUAUUCCCAAGGCCGACCGCAAGAAGAUUCACGAGUACCUCUUCCGAGAGGGAGUUCUGGUUGCUAAGAAGGACUUCAACCUUCCCAAGCACGGCGAGAUCGACACCAAGAACCUUUACGUUGUCAAGGCUUGCCAGUCUUUGACCUCGCGCGGUUACCUCAAGACCCGCUUCUCCUGGCAAUGGUACUACUACACCCUCACCCCUGAGGGUCUCGACUACCUCCGUGAAUGGCUCCACCUCCCCGCCGAGAUCGUUCCCCAGACCCACAUCAAGCAGCAGCGCUCUGCUCCUCCCCGGGGUAUGCUCGGCGGCGGCGACGACCGUGAGCGCCGUGGUGGCGGCCGUGGUGGACGUGGCGGUGACCGUGGUGGUGACCGUGACGGCUACCGCCGCCGUGACGCUGGCGAGAAGGCUGAGGGUGCUGCCCCUGGCGAGUUCAAGCCCGAGUUCCGUGGUGGCUUCGGCCGGGGACGCGGCGCUGCUCCUGCUUCGUAAGCAGUUGAGGGCUUUCUGGAGUAAGGCUAGAUACGGUUUCAUCUUCAUGUCGGGCUUUACUGCAUUACAAAAUGGGUUCGGAUACGGCGAAAUGACCGGAUGAUACUACGAAUGGAUCGCUUGUCUAAGUUGCGAUGAUGCAGUCUUGGACGACCAUGUCCUCAAUGAUACCCCAUAACCUUCAGU